CUGACCAUGGUCCCUGCCUGGCUGUGGCUCCUUUGCCUCUGCGUCACCCAGGUUUUCCCUGAGGCCCAGCCUGCAGAACUGCAUGUGGAAGUCCCUGAAAACUAUGGUGGAAAUUUCCCUUUGUACCUUAUCAAGCUGCCACUGCCCCGUGAGAAGGCUGAAGGUCGGGUUGUACUGUCAGGGGACUCAGAUAUGGCAGCUGAGGACCCCUUUGCUGUGGACCCAGAUUCUGGCUUCCUGACGGUGACCAGGGCCCUGGACAGAGAAGAACAGGCAGAAUAUCAGCUGCAGGUCACCCUGGAGACUGAGGAUGGACAUGUCUUGUGGGGUCCACAGCAUGUGAUUGUGCAUGUGAAGGAUGAAAAUGACCAGGUGCCCCAAUUCUCCCAGGCCAUCUACAGAGCUCAACUGAGUCAGGGUACCAGGCCUGGUGUCCCCUUCCUCUUCCUUGAGGCUUCAGAUGGGGAUGCACCAGGAACAGCGAACUCAGAUCUUCGAUUCUGGAUCCUGAACCAGGCUCCAGCCCAGCCUUCGCCAGACAUGUUCCAGUUGGAGCCUCAACUGGGGGCUCUGGCUCUCAGUCCUGAGGGGAACACCAGUCUAGACCAUGCCCUGGAGGGGCCCUACCAGCUGUUGGUACAGGUCAAGGACAUGGGUGACCAAGCCUCAGGCCACCAGGCCACAGCCACCAUAGAGAUCUCCAUAGUAGAGAACACCUGGGUGCCCCUAGGACCUAUAUACCUGGCAGAGAAUCUUGAAGUCCUGUACCCACACUACAUUGCCCAGGCACGUUGGAGUGGAGGGGGUGUGCGCUAUCACCUGGAGAGCCAGCCCCCUGGGCCCUUCAAAGUGGACACAGAGGGGAAACUCUACGUGACCAGGGAGCUGGACCGAGAGGCCCAGGCUGAGUUUGUGCUCCAGGUGCGGGCUCAGAAUUCCCGUGGAGAGGACUACACAGCGCCUCUGGAGUUACACGUGGUGGUGAUGGAUGAGAACGACAACAGACCCGUCUGCCUCCCACAUGGGCCCUCAGUCAGCAUCCCCGAACUCAGCCCCCCAGGCACUGAAGUGACUAGGUUGUCGGCAGAGGACGCAGAUGCCCCUGGCUCUCCCAAUUCCUACGUUGUGUAUCAGCUGCUCAGUCCUGAACCUGUGGAGGGGGCUGAGGGGAGACUCUUUGAGCUGGAUCCUACUUCAGGCUCUGUGACUCUGGGAACUGCUCCACUCCAAGCCAGCCAGAACAUUCUGCUUCAGGUGCUAGCCACUGACCUAGCAGGAGCAGAGGGUGGCCUCAGCAGCACGUGUGAGAUUGCAGUUAUAAUCACAGACAUCAAUGACCACGCCCCUGAGUUUACCGCCUCCCAGAUUGGGCCUAUAAACCUCCCUGAGGAUGUCGAGCCUGGGACUUUGGUAGCCACUCUCAUGGCCACUGAUGCUGACCUUGAGCCUGCCUUCCGCCUCAUGGACUUUGCCAUUGAAGCAGGAAACGUGGAAGGGAUAUUCGGCCUGGAUUGGGAGCCAGACUCUGGUCAUGUGCAACUCAGACUCCGCAAGAACCUCAGUUAUGAGGCAGCUCCCCAUCACAAGGUAGUGGUGGUAGUGCGGAACGUGAAAGAACUGGUGGGCCCAGGCCCAGGCCCUGGAUCCACAGCCACAGUGACCGUGCUGGUGGAGAGAGUGAUACCACCCCCCAAGUUGGACCAGGAAAGCUACGAGGCCAGGAUCCCAGUCAGCACCCCAGCUGGCUCGCUGCUGCUGACCAUCCAGCCCUCAGACCCUAGGAGCAGAGCCCUCAGGUUCUCCCUGGUCAAUGACUCAGAGGGCUGGCUAUCCAUCAAGGAAUUCUCUGGGGAAGUGCACACGGCCAAGUCCCUGCAUGGCACCGGGCCUGAGGACUCAUAUACAGUGCUUGUGGAGGCCCAGGAUGCAGAUGAGCCAGGACUGAGUACCUCUGCCACCCUCGUGAUCCACUUCCUAAAGGCCCCUCCUGCCCCCACCCCGGCUCUGGCCCUUGUACCUGCUCGGCACCUCUGCACACCACGCCAGGACUAUGGUGUGCUCAUCACCAGUGAGGACCCUGACCUGGCCAGUGGGCAUGGUCCCUACAGCUUUGCCCUUGGUCCCAAUCCCACGGUGCAGCGAGAUUGGCGCCUCCAGCCUCUCAAUGGUUCCCAUGCCUACCUCACCCUGGCCCUGCAUUGGGUAGAGCCACGAGAACACACAGUCCCUGUGAUUGUCAGCCACAAUGCCCGGAUGUGGCAGCUCCUGGUUCGAGUGAUUGUGUGUCGCUGCAAUGUGGAGGGGCAGUGCAUGCGCAAGGUGGGCCGCAUGAAGGGCAUGCCCACGAAGCUGUCAGCAGUUGGCAUCCUUGUGGGCACCCUAGCAGCAAUAGGCUUCUUCCUCAUCCUCAUCUUCACCCACCUGGCCCUGGCGAGGAAGAAGGACCUGGAUCAGCCAGCAGACAGUGUGCCCCUGAAGCCAGCCGUCUGAGGGACCCAGGAAGCUCCAGCUGGAAGUGUUGGCCUCUGACUCCAUCUGAACCCACUGGGAAAGGUUCCAGUACCCAAGGUCCAGUGGAAAUGAGGACAGAGUAAAAGCCCUUAAACCCUCCUGGGCAGAGGCACUGUUACCUGACAAGUCCCCAGAGCCUGGACACUGACUUUAAUGGGUUAUCCAUGGGAGUACUCCAAAUGGCAGCUUGUUGUCCAAUAAUAAAGCCUC